UCCGCCUCCGGGAGACAGAGAGCAGAAAACAUGACCAAACUGGAGCUGCUGAACGCUUUUCUGAACGACAGGCUCACUGCGGCCGCCGACGAGAUUUUCCGCGCCGUGAAGAGCACAGUGGUGGAGUACCAGAGCGAAAUCCUGCGCUCCAAGGAGGAGAACGAGCGGCUUAAGCGGCUCCUGAACGUCGCCGUCCAGCGGCUCCUGCUGCAGUCAGAGCCUCACUCUGACCAGCCCCAAGAGGACGCUCAGCCCCAAGAGGAUGCUCCGCCCCAAGAGUUCGAGUGGAGAUGCGACGUGGAGCUGCUGUCGCAGAUCAAAGAAGAGCCAAACCUCAAAAACUGUCUGGCGGGUUUUUCGCAAGAAGCGAACGACUCAGAGGAGGGAAACUGUAGUCGCGUGGAGCCACCACAGAGGUCACAGCCGCCGCCCGCACUAACAGCGUGCGGCAGACGGAGUCCGUCCCCAGGUCCAUUGACAGCGCAGGAGGUGAAGUCAGAGAGCGUCGGGGAGGCCCACAGCUCACCGCCCUCCGGGACUGUUCAUCCAAACUGCAGAGCGGCUCAGGGUGAUGCUCAAGGCGGCGCCGCAAAGAGUCACAGGACGCCGAGGACGGAGCAGCAGGCGAGAGGGUUCCUGCGUUCAAGCGGCAAGCAGAGCGCCCACAUACUGCAGAUCAAGAACAUCAGAUCCCUGAAGCCGCCGCCUCCUCGCUCCUCUCACCCGAGCCAGAGCAUCCAGAGGUGGCACAGCUGCAAGGAGUGCGGGAAGGGCUUCAGCUUUGCCUGCCAGCUGGAGGUGCACAUGCGCUGGCACACCAAGGAGAAGCCGUACAGCUGCGCGGUGUGCCGGAAGAGCUUCACCACGGUCAGCAUGCUCAAGAGGCACCACCGGAUCCACACGGGGGAGAAGCCCUUCCGCUGCCACGUCUGCGGGAAAUGCUUCAACCAGUCGGCGCACCUCAACACACACUUCCGGCUGCACACCAGAGAGAGGGCCGGCUGGGGCCGAGCGCCGCACCCCAAGUGAACAAAGACUGGAGACUAGCCCCGACAUGUGUGAACUCUGUAAGGCUUUCACGGGCCAAGUGUCCGCUGCACACCGUGGACAAUGAUGGUGUUUGACUGUGUGUCUUGUCUCCUGUGCAAUAAAGUGUGGUACGUUACCAGUUAGGCUCCACUGAUUGGGCAGUUGGACACGCUCGAAGGAAUUAAAUGGACACUUUUGUGAAACCUUUGAGUUCAUAUCUUAGAUGUGCAGACAUUUAGACAGUGUAGGUUAUUUUGAGCUGGAAAUGAGAAAAAUAUGCGCCCACCAUGUCAAUUAUGAUUGCAACUUUUGGGAGUUCCUGGGACAGGGAUGUCGUAUGUGUACAGAUUGUAAAGCCCUCUGAGGCAAAUUUGUAAUUUGUGAUUCUGGGCUGUACAAAAUAAACUGAAUUGAAUUGAACUCGUGAAUGCGUUGUAAAACCGAGUGACAAGGAAGAGAGGCCUAACUGGCUUCCCGCCCUCAAAGAGGAAGUUGGUGGGAGAGAUAGUUCAUAUUCAAGUGGGUUUUGGGAAAAAUAAACUUGUGUGUGUGACCCUC